UACCUGUGGAAGAACACACACACACUGCUUGUAUCCCGGUACAGUUUUUACCUGUGGAAAAAUACAGCCUAGUGUACGGAGUGGACGCUAGCACAAUAUCCUGAGGCACUACCUGCCUCCUAGACCUCUGCUUCACUAUACUCAUCAUCAGAAUACUAAUUUCGCCUCACCAUCUUCACUACAGUGGUGGAGAAGAUAUCGUGGUGCCCCAGAUGGAGGAUGACGAGUCAAUCACAGAUAUUGGGGAAUUGGAGGGAAGCCAACCUACAACUCCACGUCCCGCUUCAACGGGCUCUCAACAGACUCCCACUCAAGGUACGCUGCGGUCUCCGCGGGCACGUCGACAACGUACUACCUCUCAAUCACAGCCGUUGCGUACUCGAGAGCCAAUCUUGCGUGGUCGGCGUCGGACCAUAUACACAGCAGGCAGACCUCCGUGGUACGAUUGUCAGGGACAACUGGUUGAGCCAUUUGUUAUAGGUGUGUGCGGUGGGAGUGCCUCGGGGAAGACCACAGUCGCCAGGAAAAUUAUUGAAGAGUUGGACGUGCCUUGGGUUACCCUUCUUUCUCUCGACUCGUUUUAUAAGGUGUUAACAGAGAAGCAACAUGAAGAAGCAGCAAGAAAUGAAUACAACUUUGAUCAUCCUGAUGCCUUUGAUUUUGAAUUAGUUGCAAAGACGCUGGUUAGACUAAAGGAAGGUAAAAAAGUCGAGGUCCCAAUAUACAACUUUGUCACACAUUCCCGUGAAAUCAAAACUAAAACUAUGUAUGGUGCCAAUGUCAUUAUAUUCGAGGGGAUUAUAGCUUUCUACUCACCUGAUGUUUUAAAGUUAUUAGAUAUGAAAGUAUUUGUAGACACUGACUCGGAUGAGAGAUUAGUGAGACGGCUACAGAGAGACAUUGGUGAAAGAGCGAGAGAACUGGAUGGUGUUCUUAAACAGUACUUCAAAUUCGUCAAACCAGCAUUUGAUUACUAUAUCGCUCCGUCUAUGGUUCAUGCAGACAUUAUAGUUCCAAGAGGUGGAGAAAACGAAGUUGCCAUCAACCUUAUUGCUCAGAAUGUUAUGACACAGCUACAACAGAGAGGUUUCAAACUACGGGAAAAGUUGGCGAAUGCAAACUUCGGUAUGUCGAGACCCAAUUCCCUCCACCUGCUGCCUUCCACACCACAAAUUCGUGGGCUCCACACAUUUAUACGUAAUAAGGACACUCCACGUGAUGAGUUUAUAUUCUAUUCAAAGAGAUUGAUACGGCUCGUCAUUGAACAUGCACUGACUCUGCUGCCAUUCACGCAGGAUGUGACUGUUGAAACCCCGCAGGGCAUUCCGUACGAGGGCAAACGCAUUGCAACGGAGAAGAUAUGUGGCGUGUCCAUCUUGCGAGCAGGAGAGACGAUGGAAAACGCUCUUUGCGAGGUUCUGAAAGAUGUACGAAUUGGUAAAAUUCUCAUUCAGACUAACCUAGACACUGGAGAGCCAGAGCUCUACUACCUGAGACUACCAAAGGACAUCAAGGAUUACCACAUUUUUCUGAUGGAUGCCACUGUAGCUACCGGAGCGGCAGCCAUCAUGGCGAUUCGGGUUCUAUUGGACCACGAGGUGACAGAGGAACACAUCUCUCUCUGCUCCCUUCUAAUGACUGAACAGGGUGUCCACAACAUAGCCUAUGCCUUCCCCAAGGUUAGAAUAGUGACCACAGCCGUUGAUCCGUGUGUGAAUGAGAAGUUCUACAUUGUGCCAGGCAUUGGGAACUUUGGCGAUCGAUAUUUUGGCACAGAACCUUCGGAUCAAUAAUUGAGACUUCACUAAUGACUUCAACGAGUAGGUGAUUAUAUGGGGUUAUUAUUACCCAACAAUACUGACACAGCUAUGAACAAGGUGUCGAUUAUUUUCACCGCGAAUUCCCCUGGGGUCAGGUCCCGGGUCACCACGCGGGCUCAGCUUCCCAUUCUCUUUUGUCGAUAAACCACUCUGGAUAAUUCUUACAACCAGCCUAGUUUGUUACAGUGUUAAGAAAUAGUGUGUGCCGUUCUUCGGACAAUAUUCCUUUAGCUUGAUCACAAGGGCGUUCUCCCAUCCAUGUACAAGUAUAACAAAGCCAGUGAUUUGAUAACAGCAUAUUUUAUUAAUUUGCUAAUGUUUUAUUGCUUAUGAUAGUAUUUUCAAGAAGUGGUUACGAAGAUUUAUUUUAUGAACUAGGAAAGGUUCUACCAAUAUUCUGACAUUGCUGCUAGUUAAAAUGUAUACUUAUACAGUAUACUAUUUGCUGGUAUAAAUGUAUUUGUGUAUAAAUAUUAUCACUGCUCACAAUAUAAAAAUGUAGUAUCUGAUCUUUUAAUUUUUGUACUGUAAUGUACUGUAUUUCAAGGCCUAUUCUAAAGAAGAGCCUUCAUCUGAAGAGAUCUUAAAUUUCUUUAAAAUUAAAAGAUCUUAGAAGCUGAAUUUGGUUUUCACCUAUGAGAUGUGAGCGCACAUUCUACUAUGAAACCAUUGGAACAAUACAUAUACAUGUGUGUGCUGCAUAUAUAUGCUAUGUAUGUAUGUACAUGUACGUACGUAUACAUACAGGCAUAUACAAAAUUUCACAAAAUGAGUCGCCUCAAAUAUACAAGAAAAUACCCGCAGUGAAAUGGGGAACAUAUUCUUAGGGGAGUGAAAGCACUAGGACUAUUUUCCCAUUUCACUGUGGCUUGUCAUGUGUAUAUGACCAGAAAGUUUUUAAUGUUCCUGCAUUAUAACUCGGGCUUUUAAUUUGUGGACCCGGCAAGGCAUUCAUUAUUGGUAUAAUGAGGGAAAUGAAAUGGGCUUGUCGUGGUGCCAAGCCAGUUUGGCCUUUCUCGGUAAACUGUAAGCUUUCGCAUCGAAAGUUGUCUAGAGUUGCAUAAUUUAUGCAAGUGUUUUCAACUUUUAAUGUGCUAAAAAAAAAAUGUAAACAUUGCUUCCCAAUUUGAUCGUAAACCUCAGUAUUGUAUUAUAAGUACUGUAAUGUAUUUUUUUUUAUACUGUACAUGGUAAUACCUAUUUCACAGUGGAACAUCUUGCCCUUGUUUGUAUGUAUUAUAAAAUGCAGUUUUAUAAAUAUGAUGCAAAUUGAAGUGUUUGCAAAUGUUUUUCCUAUGGGGCAAUGUUAAUUUUGCAUGAUUGUUUUUUUCUUUUUUUUAUUCUAAGGAGGCUACAUAUUAAAUGUUGUUUUAUAAUAACUAAAAUCUGCAGUAAUAUAUUCAAAUUCAAUUAUCAAGGCUUAAUAUAAAUCUUUUCUAUAUAAAUAAUUGAUCAUCGGCUGAUUGAAGGAGGAUUCCAUCGAGUAGAAUUGGAAAGGUACUCUUUUUGUACAGGACUCGAAAGGUACCCUUUUGUACAGGGUUCGAAAGGUACUCUUUUGUACAGGACGCGAAAGAUACUCUUUUGUACAGGGCUCGAAAGAUACCCUUUUGUACAGGACUCGAAAGGUACUCUUUUGGACAGUACUCAAAAGGUACUCUUUUGGACAGGACUCGAAAUUGGUCUCGAUUGGUCAUUCUUAGCUGAAGUAAAUCAAGAAAUGAGUAUAUUUAUACAUUCAGAAAUGUUUUAAAUAGUGUGGUCAAGCAAAGAUAGGAGAGAUUAGAUCCACAUGUGUUGUAUUAUUGCACAGUCUUCCCCUCUUAUCUUUUAUUCAUUGUAACUUUAUGAUCAAAUUAUAGUUGAUGACAUACUACACUAAGCACAUGUAUCUUCAUUGUGUACUGCAUCUAUUUUUCCCAAGAAAAGGGCUCGUCAAAAUGUUUAUGCAGAGAGGUAUUUAGUUAGCAUAAACAUUGUAUUUGUGUAUUAAGCUUGAAAUCAAGGGGGGGAUUCCAGUUUUUAAAAUCAACUUCGUCAAUAUGCAGGCGAUGAGUCACAAUAACGUGGCUGAAGUAUGUUGACCAGACCACACACUAGAAGUUGAAGGGACGACGACGUUUCGGUCCGUUCUGGACCAUUCUCAAGUCGAUUGAGAAUGGUCCGACGGGACGACGACGAAACGAAAGAUUGAGAAGGGACGACGACGAAACGUCGUCGUCCCUUCAACUUCUAGUGUGUGGUCUGGUCAAGUUCGUCAAUAGUUUCUCUUCAAGCACCCACAUUAUGAUGGGCACAGGAACCAGGAGUAAUGUUGAUUCAAUAGCGAAUUAUGUUGUUCUUUAACAAAGAAAGUAAACGUAAGCGUCAGGUCAGGCUUCAGUGCUAAGUACAGUAGUAUUUAUUGUAGUUUUUGUUUGUCUUAUACAUUAUAUAAUAUUAUAUAUUGUUUUUUAUAUUAUAAUUUGUUUUUACAAUAAUCUAUAAACAUACUUGAAGGCUCAGUUAUGUUCAGGAACAUUUUGCUUUGGCUGUGAAAAGUGCUGCAAAUCUAAAUAGAAAUAAUUAUUUUGUAAUAAGAAAUUUAAGUUCGAUUAUGCUUAGAAUAAAAAAAAAUAACAUUUUUGUAUGAAUAUUUUACAUAGAUUCUAUAAUGUAAAAUGAAAAAGAAAGGUUGAAUUUCUAGAUUUGACUCUUAAACGAGUACACUAACAUGAUUAGAAUGGAGAGUCGAAUUUAUCAGUGAUAGUCUUGACUAAACAAAAAUUUCAGUGAAAUAAUGUUAGGGGGCAAUUGGUGUUAAUACAAAAUUUCUGUAAUUGAAAAAUUAAUACAUUCUGUUGCAUUUUUAUGUCUGAUGUUAAUUGAUGUGUAAAUAUUAUACACUAAUUAAAUAAGUUUUAUUUUCAUUAUUAGUUUUUAUUAUGGGUCCUGUAGCACAGUAGUCUAUGUCCAAGGCUCGCAAUCAAGGACCCGGGUUUAAUUCCAUGACAGAAGAGAAACGGUUAGGCACAUUUUCUUUCAUAUGAUGUCUCUCUUCACCUAGUGGCAAAAUAGAUAUCCGGGAGGGAGGGAGGCAAAUGUGGGCUGUAUUCCUGGGGAAGGUCUGUAGUUAGUCUAUAAGAGGCCUAACUAUAUAAGGGGCCUGACAGCUGAGUAGACAGGGCUUCCGAUUCGUAGUCCUGAAGUUCCGGGUUCGAUCCCCGGAAUGAAUGGGCAGAGUUUCUUUCACCCUGAUGCCCCCUAGGGAGGACCUAGGUUAACCAGAAGUCAUUCUUAAAUAUUCUGAUAAAGUGUAAUACAGCACUUGUGGCUUAGCACUUAAUUUUUUUGAGAUUACUUAUUUCUUUAAUGAUAUUAAACUUCGAUUAUAUACAGUACUUUUACGGAAUAGUAACUUUUUACAAAUUUUAUCGUUGCCAAGACUUGUACCUUAUUGUUCCAAGUUCAUUGUCAGGGUUAGUGGUACACCCUUCAUAGAAUUUCCUGUAUUUCAGGAUGAUCAGAAAUAUUGGUUUCUCCCCAUUCAUUUUUCUGAAUUCAUUUGCAUUCAUUCAUUUGCCUGAAUUUACUCGAAGACCACCAUUCCUAGUGGCCUUGAUGGAAAGGGGGAGCCAGCAGCUUGUCAAAAAAAAAAAUCAUUGUUUCUAAGGAUUUUUGUCAAUUUGAAUAUUAAUUGAAAGACUGU